AGGACCACGAUGCAGUUGGGUCACACACAUUUACCUUCUUCCUCUACAUAAUCAUUGUCACGAUGCAUUUGUAGUGUAGCAUAUGAAGCUGUAAUUCUGAAUGUCACUCUUUUGAGCCUACUGUUAUGUAUGUAUAUAAAGCAACGAUAUAGUAGUUCGAGACAAACAGACUGGCUUGCUACAGAGAGGUGGCCACAUUACAAUCUCUUCUUCCCACAUUCCAUCUUCUUCUUCUUCUCUCUCUCUCUCUCUCUCCGUGGACGCCACCUUUUUGAGUUGCUUGUCACUGUGGGCACAAAGCAGCAAAAUGGUUCAGAGAAAUGGGUUCUUGUUUUGUUGCAGAGUGGUGGUAUAAACAACCACUUCUUCAAUUCCCACAUCUCACAUUGCUUCAUUUCUCAGUCUGUGUGUGUGUGUGCGCGCGGAGAGAAAAUGGAAGCUAACUCAGCUUCCAAAUGGGUUUUGCUCUGUAUGGUUUUGUUUGUCAGUCUACAGCUGACAAUGUGCCAUGUCACCUACGAUAGGAAGGCACUUGUCAUUAAUGGGCGGAGGAGAAUUCUCUUUUCUGGCUCAAUACACUACCCCAGGAGCACCCCCGAGAUGUGGGAAAGUCUAAUACAGAAAGGCAAAGAUGGGGGUUUGGAUGCUAUAGAUACCUAUGUGUUUUGGAAUGUUCAUGAACCUUCUCCUGGCAAUUAUAAUUUUAAGGGGAGAUAUGACUUGGUUCAGUUUAUCAAGAUGGUCCACAAAGCUGGGCUAUACGUGCAUCUUCGCAUUGGGCCUUAUGUUUGUGCGGAGUGGAAUUUUGGGGGGUUUCCGGUUUGGUUGAAAUAUGUUCCAGGCAUUAGCUUUAGAACAGAUAAUGAGCCUUUCAAGUUGGCAAUGCAAAGAUUUACCCAGAAAAUUGUUCAAAUGAUGAAAGAUGAAAAGCUGUUUGAGUCUCAAGGUGGCCCCAUUAUCCUCUCUCAGAUUGAGAAUGAAUAUCAGCCUGAAGGCAGAGCAUUUGGAACUGCAGGUCAUGCAUACAUGACUUGGGCUGCAAAGAUGGCUGUUGGAAUGGGCACCGGGGUCCCAUGGGUUAUGUGCAAGCAAGACGAUGCCCCGGACCCAGUGAUAAACACAUGCAAUGGCUUUUAUUGUGACUACUUCUCUCCAAACAAACCGUACAAACCCACACUAUGGACUGAGACAUGGAGUGGCUGGUAUACAGAAUUUGGUGGCCCAAUUCACCAGCGACCGGUGGAAGAUUUGGCAUUUGCAGUCGCUCGUUUCAUUCAGAAGGGAGGCUCCUUUGUAAAUUAUUACAUGUACCAUGGAGGAACAAACUUUGGAAGAACUGCCGGUGGCCCUUUCAUUACUACCAGCUAUGACUAUGAUGCUCCCGUUGAUGAAUAUGGCUUGAUAAGGCAGCCCAAGUAUGGCCAUCUGAAGGAACUCCAUAAGGCUAUUAAGUUAUGUGAACGAGCUUUGGUUAGCGCUGAUCCUACUGUCAUAUCCUUGGGAAAUUAUGAAAAGGCACAAGUAUUCUCUUCCAAGUCAGGAGGCUGUGCAGCUUUUCUCUCGAAUUACAAUCCAAGGUCAGCUGCAAGGGUGACUUUCUAUAACAAGCACUACCACCUGCCACCUUGGUCCAUAAGCAUCCUUCCUGAUUGCAACAAUGUUGUCUUCAACACUGCUAAAGUUGGAGUUCAGACAUCCCAAAUGCAAAUGUUGCCCACUAAUAUUGAGUUUCAUUCAUGGGAUACAUUUAAUGAAGACUUAUUGUCAGCUGAUGAUGAAUCAAAGAUGAGUGUCUUUGGUCUCUUGGAGCAGUUGAACGUCACCAGAGAUACUAGCGAUUAUCUCUGGUACACUACCAAUGUUGAUAUUAGUUCAUCAGAAUCAUUUCUGCAUCAAGGCCAACAUCCAACUCUCACUGUGCAGUCAACUGGCCAUGCUAUGCAUGUCUUCAUCAAUGGCCAUCUUUCAGGGUCGGCCUUUGGGACUCGGGAGAGCUUGAGAUUUACUUAUACAGGGAAUGUUGACCUGAAAGCUGGAAGGAACAGAAUUUCACUACUCAGUAUAGCUGUUGGAUUGCCAAACAAUGGUCCACACUUUGAGAUGAGAAGCACCGGAAUCCUUGGACCAGUUGUCAUACAUGGGCUAGACCAGGGAAAAAGGGACUUGUCCUGGCAGAAAUGGUCUUACAAGGUUGGGCUUAAAGGAGAAGCCAUGAAUUUAGGUUCUCGAAACUCUCUCUCAUCAGUUGAUUGGAUGCAAGGGUCCCAUGUGGCAGAGAAACAACAGCCACUGACAUGGUAUAAGACCCAUUUUGAUGCACCAGAAGGAGAAGAGCCAUUGGCUUUGGACAUGACAGGUAUGGGGAAGGGUCAAGUGUGGAUCAAUGGACAGAGCAUUGGAAGAUAUUGGAAUGUCUAUGCUAGAGGUAAUUGCAGUGGAUGCAGUUAUUCUGAUACCUUCCGGCCUAUAAAGUGCCAAUUUGGUUGUGGCCAUCCAACUCAACAAUGGUACCAUGUUCCUCGGUCAUGGUUGAAGCCAACCAAAAAUCUAUUGGUAUUUUUUGAGGAAAUUGGUGGGGAUUCAUCUAGAAUUAAACUUGUGAAGAGAUCAGUUACAAAUAUCUGCGCAGAGGUCUCUGAGUAUCACCCAAGCAUUGAGAAUUGGCAGGUUGAGGGAGAUGGAAAAUCAGAACUGCUAGGCAUGCCUAAAGUUAGCCUACAUUGUGCACCUGGACAAUACAUUUCUGCAAUUAAAUUUGCAAGUUUUGGAACCCCAUCUGGGACUUGUGGGAGUUUCCAACAUGGGACCUGUCAUGCACCAAGCUCCGGCACUGUCUUAGAGAAGAAAUGCGUCGGUCAGCAGAAAUGCUCGGUGACGGUAUCAAACGGUAACUUUGGUGCAGACCCAUGUCCAAACUUGUUAAAAAAAUUAUCAGUGGAAGCUGUAUGUGCCCCUACAGAUACUGCAACAGCCAGACCCAAUUCAAGGGUUUGAGAAGAAGAAAAGGAAUUCUAACUGCAUUACAACAAAGGAACAACUAUAUUCAUUUCAGCUUGCAUUAGAAGCAUUUUUGAAGUAGCAGAAAUGGGAUUAAAUGGAUAAAAGAGUAUUGGAAUUCGAGUUCUUGUCAGAUUUGUGGAAUCACACAUUCAUAUAUUGCAAAUGUAAGCAAGGUGUAGGUAAGGUUUCUGAAAGUGAAGAACAAACAGCACGAAAUAAUUGGAAGUAUCUCAACCUCAAUGCUAAGCAGUUGAGGUCUUCUUCCCUCAUGAUCAAAAAGGAAUUUCAUGACAGUAGCACACUGCACUUUUCAAAA